AUGGAUGACGACUUAGACAGAAAUGGAAACUCCCACAGCUGCUGCAAANGAUACAAUGUGUCCCAUUUGUGUUCUGGUUCCAGGAAACCUCUGCCUGACCUAGGUCGAGUGCAGCCUCUUGGCUUCCGGGACCUGAAAGAAACAAACAACAAAAAAGGAAGUCCAGAGCUGGGUGUGGUGGCCUUCACCUGUAACCCCAGCAGUCGGGAGGGAGGCUCCUCAGGAAAGGGGACAACGCUGAACCACACAUCUGACCAAGACAUGAUUCUGUUCCUAAGCUGCUUUUCCAGUUUCAAAGACCAGGCAAGAGACCGGGAGGUCAUCAUCGACUUCAUUGAGAGGAGGCUGAUUCAUUGUAGCAGAAGCCUGGCCUACAACAUCACUGUCCUUCGGCACAGAGAGGGCAAAAGGACCCCUCGCUCCCUCACCCUAAAGGUCCANUCCCGGAAGACUGAUGAUGUUAUUUCGAUGGAUAUCCUCCCAGCUUAUGAUGCUUUGGGACCUUUUUCCAGAGACUCGAAGCCAGCACCAGCAAUCUACGAGAGUCUGGUAAGAAGUGAGGGCUACCCUGGCGAAUUCUCGCCAAGCUUCACAGAGUUACAGAGACAUUUUGUGAAAACUCGUCCUGCUAAACUGAAGAACCUCCUACGGUUGGUGAAGUUCUGGUACCUGCAGUGCCUGAGACAGAAAUAUAGAAGAGUAGCAGUGUUGCCCUCAAAAUACGCGCUGGAGCUGCUGACCAUCUAUGCCUGGGAGAUGGGUGCAGAGAGCAGUGAUAACUUCAAUCUGGAUGAAGGGUUUGUAGCCGUGAUGGAGCUCCUCGUACACUACCAGGACAUCUGCAUCUACUGGACCAAGUACUACGAUUUCCAAAACGAGGUCGUCAGGAACUUUCUGAAGCAACAGCUGAAGGGAGACCGGCCCAUCAUCCUAGAUCCAGCUGACCCCACCAACAACCUGGGAAGAAGAAACGGGUGGGAGCUAGUGGCUGCAGAAGCAGCUUUCUGUCUGCUGCAGGUCUGUUGCAGGACUGUAGACCCCAGCGGGCGCUGGAAUGUACAGCGAGCGAGGGACAUUCAGGUGACAGUGAAACAAACGGGAGCAGAGGACUGGACGCUCUGGACAAACCCCUACAGCCCCAUCAGAAAGAAGGCAGAGAUCAGGAAGGAAAAGAACUUCCAAGGGGACCUGCGCAUCUCCUUCCAGGAGCCCCGAGGGGAGAGACAGCUGCUCAGCAGCAAAAAGACCCUAGCGGAUUAUGGGAUAUUCUCUAAGGUGAACAUCCGGGUGCUGGAGACCUUUCCUCCUGAGAUCCUGGUCUUUGUGAAGUAUCCCGGUGGCCAGAGCAAGCCUUUUGCUAUCCACCCUGAUGAUACCAUCCUUGACCUGAAAGAAGACAUAGAAGAUGCUGGAGGCCCUUGUGUGGAGGAUCAGGUACUACUGUUGGACGAAGAGGAGUUGGAAGAUGAUGAGAGCCUCGAAGAGCUUGAGAUCAAAGACUGUGACACCAUUAAGCUCAAAAGGGUAAUCUACUAGUCUGGCUGCUCGCAUCCGUGUCUGUAGUCUUACGCCUCCCCACCUCGUCCCUAGACUCUGAUGGGGUUCUUUCUAUAGCUUAAAUAUCAACAUUUCCUUCUCUUGCUUAAAACCCUCUCCUGUAGCCGGGAAGUGGUGGCGCGUGCCUUUAAUCUCAGCACUUGGCCGAUUUCUGAGUUCGAGACCAGCCUGGGCUAUACAGAGUGAGUUCCAGGACAGCCAGAGCUACACAGAGAAACCCUGUCUCGGAUAAACAAACAAACCCUCUCCUUGUGUUUUCCAAUAAUACAGAAUGAAGUUCAAGUUUCUUUUCCUAACAGUCAAUCAAGCUGAACCCUGCUUAGUCCCCCACCCCCACUCUAAACACUCAGCUCAUACCGAAUGCAGAGUGACACCCUGAGUCACACUGAGGGCCGAGUCACACCUCUGUCACUUUACCUCAACUAUCCUUUCCCUCUGCCUGUGUUUUCAUUGUUCUGUGAGUCACCGGAUCUCAAAGAGCAGACCCCGGACUGAGAGAUUCCUCGCCACUCCAGAAUCCUCUUAGAACGGAAAACUGACCUGAGCCAGACAUUUCACUGAGACUCAGCGGUCCCGGACUUAACAAGCCUUCCACAGCAUUCUGCAUGCUCCUGUUUGAAAACAACUACUAUCUGGCCCUUGUAGUAGGCCAUGUCAUCUUGUGUUCCCACCCUCUCCCUUCAUCCACGUUAGACUCCCGUGAAUGUAGAUCUAUCUCCCCCGUCUAACAAGAUUUGAUUGUUUUUAAUGCCUUAGGCCUUGUGUUCUAGAAUGGUACCAAUCAAUGUAUGAC